UUUGCAGUGAGGAGGCAGUUAUAGCGCUAUUGGGACACUUACACUAGUUUUAUUAUUUUUUAUUUUACUUUUACAUUUUGUGACUCCCAUACGUCAUAUCUUUGGGGAACAUUUAACCCCUUCAAGACACAGCCACUUUUCCCCUUCGUGACUUAGCCUAAUUUUGCAAAUCUGACAUUUAUCACUUUAUGUAGUUUGGAACACUUUUACUUAUCCAAGAUUCUGAGAUUGUUUUUGAGACACAUCGUACUUUAUGUUAAUGGUAAAUUUGAGUCGGUUUCAUAAAAAAAUCCAAAAUGUACAGAUAAUUUGGAAAAAAAUUGCAAUUUUUCUGGUACUGAUGUGUGGGCACUAUCUUAUGGUGGCACUCUGACUGGUACUGAUGUGUGAGCUCUCUCUUUAUGGUGGCACUCUACAUACCCCCGCCCUGUAUCCUGUGGUGCCCUCCUCCUGCCAUACCUACCACACCAUGCUCUCCCUGCUCCGCAGCACUUUGCCCCUGGUGCCCUCCUCCUGCCAUACCGCCCGCACCAUGCUCUCCCUGCUCCGCAGCACUUUGCCCCUGGUGCCCGAUGCCAGCCGCGCCAUGUCCGCCGUGUCCCUGCUCGUCUCCCCGGGCCGCUGCCUCUUUGACGACCCCCUGCGGCUCCGGGUCCGCGGUCUGAGCCCCGGGCUGGACGUCAGCCUCCGCACCGCUCUGACAGACGAGGCCGGCCACCUGUUCACCUCCGUGGGCCUGUACCGAGCAAACAGCGGCGGGGAGCUGGACCUCAGCCGGGGCCCGGCCCUGGAGGGCGGCAGCUACACCGGAGUGGAGCCGGAGGGGCCCCUGUGGUCCCUGGAGUCCGAGACUCCCCUCAGGAGGCUGCUGAAGAAGGACGUGCAGAGCCCGCUCCAGCUCCGCUUCUCCUUGCACCAGGCCCACGACCCGCCCGGGGCUCUCCUAGCUGCCGCUGCCCAGGAGAGGGGCUUCAUGGGGGAAGGGGUGACCCGGGUGCCGGUGCGGGAGGGACGGGUGCGGGGCAGCCUCUUCCUGCCGCCCGGUCCAGGUCCGUUUCCAGCAGUCAUUGAAGUUCAGGGGACGGGUGGAGGCCUCCUGGAUUACAAGGCGAGCCUGCUGGCUAAUAGAGGCUUUGCCACGCUGGCAUUAGCUUACUAUAACUAUGAAGAUCUACCUAAAGACAUGAAGGAGCUUCAUCUGGAAUACUUCGAAGAAGCAGUAAACUAUAUGCUGCAACAUCCCAAGGUGAAGGGUCCGGGGAUAGGUCUCCUUGGCCAUUCUAAAGGUGGAGACUUGGUGCUUUCUAUGGCCUCCUUCCUUAAAGGCAUAGCGGCCACAGCUGUUGUGAAUGGCUCGGUGGCGAAUAUUGGCGCAGUCCUUCACUACAAGGACAACACUCUGCUUCCUAUUGGCUUUGAUAUUAAAAAGUUAAAACACCCCGAGCCAGGAGUGGGCGAUAUCCACGACAUAUUGCAUAAUCCGCUAGAAGAGGCUAACCACAAGAGCCUUAUUCCUGUUGGGAAAGCCGACUGCAAGUUUCUGUUUAUUGUGGCAGAAGAUGACAGGAACUGGAAGAGUGACUUUCACGCCCAAGCGGCGUGCCAGCUUCUGCAAGAGGAGGGCAAAGAAAAGCCUGAAGUGGUGUACUAUCCCAAAGCCGGCCAUUACCUAGAGCCGCCCUACUUCCCCUUGUGUAAGGCGUCUAUGCACAGGAUUGUUGGUCUUCCCGUGGUUUGGGGAGGAGAACCAAAAGCUCAUGCAAUGGCACAAGUGGACUCAUGGCAGAGAAUUCAGGCCUUCUUGCACAGGCAUCUCAAAAAUGGAGAAUAAAUUAUGACCAUAUUGUAUUAUGAUUAAUUAAAUGAAGUGGCUCACUGCUGACAAUGGACGGUAUGGUGCUUCAAACUAAGGUUGAGGACGCCACACCUCAAUUGAAAGAGUACUUAACAG